AGGUACCAGACUAAAUUAUACAACACGUAGUAUUAGUAUGUGUAUCGUGUGUAUCCUUGAUCAUUUUCACACAUUUCACAUUUCGAAUUUUUGAUAUAAUUAUCAGCGAAGUUGUCAAACACGGUUAUUUAUAUUCUGCUUUAAUAUAUAAGGGUUACUCUUGUAACUGACAAGGGACACGAUGGCUCUGAACAACGUUGUGACGAGACAGAUCUGGCGACCGCUUGUGUCUCUGUCGUCGCUACGAUUCCAAGGCACGGCAUCGACAGCUGCGGCAACUGCGACACAUAUUUCCGACCCUCGGGCCGCCGCUCGGCAAGCCCCACCAGAGAAGGUCCAGUUCGACUGGAAGGAUGCCCUGAACCUGGAGUGUCACCUGACGGAAGAGGAGGCGAUGGUCCGGGACCAGAUGAACGCCUACUGCCAGGAGAAACUGAUGCCCAGGGUCCUGAUGGCCAACAGAAAUGAAGUCUUCCACCGAGAGAUAAUGAAUGAAAUGGGCGCGCUGGGCGUUCUCGGUCCCACCAUCAAGGGCUAUGGGUGUGCUGGUGUGUCCUCAGUUGCCUAUGGUCUGAUCGCCAGGGAGGUGGAAAGGGUUGACUCCGCCUACCGUUCGGCCAUGAGCGUUCAAUCGUCGCUGGUUAUGCACCCCAUCCAUGCCUAUGGUACGGAAGAACAACGGCAGCUGUACCUUCCAAAGCUGGCAACUGGUGAAUUGGUUGGUGCAUUCGGGCUGACGGAGCCCAACCACGGCAGUGAUCCAUCGGGCAUGGAAACGAGAGCGCGGUACAAUCCGGCUGGAAAGAGCUACACGCUGAAUGGCUCCAAGUCAUGGAUCACCAAUUCCCCCAUCGCCGAUGUCUUCGUGGUCUGGGGCAAGAACGAGGCAGAGGGCGGCCGGAUCCGGGGCUUCCUCCUGGAGAGAGGGUUGAAGGGGCUGUCCACGCCCACCAUCGAGGGCAAGUUCUCCCUGCGUGCCUCAACGACGGGGCAGAUCGUGAUGGAAGAUGUAGAGAUUCCCGAGGAGAACAUGCUGCCCAACGCCCAAGGGCUGGGGGGACCCUUCGGAUGUCUGAAUAAUGCCAGGUACGGCAUAGCCUGGGGUGCCCUCGGUGCAGCCGAGUUCUGCUUGGAGACUGCCAGGCAGUACACACUGGACAGGAUUCAGUUCGGAUCCCCGCUCGCCAAGAACCAACUUAUCCAGAAGAAGCUGGCUGACAUGCUGACCGAGAUAUCCAUUGGCCUGCAGGCUUGCGUGCAGGUGGGACGGCUCAAGGAUGAAAACAAGAUUGCACCGGAGAUGAUCUCCAUGAUCAAGCGCAACUCCUGCGGUAAGGCGCUGGACAUCGCCCGGAUGGCACGAGACAUGCUCGGCGGUAACGGCAUCUCGGACGAGUAUCACGUCAUUCGACAUGUCAUGAACCUGGAAGCCGUCAACACAUACGAAGGUACACACGACAUCCAUGCCCUGAUCCUGGGACGAAGCAUCACGGGACUCCAAGCCUUUGUCCCCCCCAAGUAGAUUUAGAAGCCCGAGCAUUGAGCAAUGAGCAUAGCAGCUAAGCUAUCGAGUGCUUAGUGAAUAUCACCGGCAUAGAAGCCUGCAGACAGCUUGUCUCCAGAAAUAAGUGGGCAGCGUACCUCAAGGGGAGGAUAUGUAGGGCCAGAAUUCUUUUAGCACUGCUAAAACAGUUAGCAUGAAAAAUGUGCUUACUAAGCAGAAAACCGUGCUCUGGUUAAGCACUAUCUCGAAUAUGCCGAUACAUGUAGUUGCAUGGGGAUGGAGAUUUGUGUUGCAAGGUCACUGAUUUAAUUAACUUCCUGUUGGAAUUAAUCUUGCUUUUGCUGUGCUUAUUGCUCACGGGGUCUGUGAAGCAGAUGGGAGGCUCUGUUAGCGCAACAUCGGUUGUUAAGCAGGGCUGUAAAUUAGGCAUGCCCAUUAAAAUUUUUGUUUCUUAAAUUUUUUUUUCUGCUACCAAAUUGCAUCGCCGCCAUGUCUACAGCAUUUGACCCCUGAACUGUACUCAUGCGUGUGUCUGUAAUAUGAUACUCAUGGAUUUUAUUCCAAGCCAGUACAUAUUGUAAGGAAAGGUGCUCAGUUUGGCGUGAAGUAACUUUAUAUUUAUCUUCAGGCGAACUUGAAUUCUGAUUGGUUGAUCCAUAGCAACCAACAGUAUGAUAUAUAACUCCAUUGCACGCUUCAUACAAACCCGGCGUAAUGCGCUGUUCUAACUCGUUGCAUUGUGCUAUUUUUAUGCUAAAAGCGAAACGUGUAACUGCAAAAUUUACUUUAAAUGCAAAGGUGGCGCAUUUGCAUGCAGAGGCCCCUACAACAUCUUUACUGUGUGUCAAGUUUGCUUGAAGAUAAAUUGGUUAUCACGCUUGCGCUCGUUGAACACAGAAUAAUGUAGCCUUCUGUGUCCCGUAUACCACUCAGCUGAAACUCACACUCGUGUGAUAACUAAUUAUGUAUAUAUAUAUUGAGGGGACUCUUCCAGAAUUCCAGACGAGUGGGAGAGUGCAUUGUGACAAUUGUGUUACGUUUGACAAUCUGAAAUGAAAAGUCAAAAGGCCAAAGUCUCUGCCCUUGUCAUCUUUGUGCAGGGGAAAAAAAAAAGCUAGCAUUGUUGGUGUGUUCUUCCACACAGAUUUACUCAAAACCAAUAAAAAUUAACGUACGAUUC